AUGAGGGUUCAUCGUGCUGGUCCUCGAGAGGAAAUAUACUUCAGACCAGAAGAAGUAAAAGCAGCAAUUGUGACUUGUGGUGGACUUUGCCCCGGUCUUAAUGAUGUCAUCAGACAUAUUGUGAUCACUCUAGAAAUAUAUGGUGUGAAAAAGAUUGUGGGAAUUCCUUUUGGUUAUCGUGGUUUUUCUGACAAAGAGUUGAAAGAAAUGCCACUAUCCAGGAAAGUGGUCCAAAACAUUCAUCUUUCUGGUGGAAGCUUGUUAGGAGUCUCACGUGGAGGACCCAGUGUUAGUGACAUCGUGGACAGGAUGGAGGAAAGGGGAGUCAACAUGCUUUUCGUGCUGGGUGGAAAUGGAACCCAUGCUGGUGCCAAUGCAAUACACAAUGAGGUUUCCAUAAAGCUCACUUUGUUUAGUUUGAUUGUUCUUUCACCUCCUUCAUCUUCCCUCUCAGAUAGGUGCUGUAAAAGACGGCUAAGAGUGGCUGUUGUUGGUGUGCCAAAAACCAUAGACAAUGACAUUCUAUUGAUGGAUAAAACUUUUGGCUUUGAUACUGCCGUUGAAGAAGCACAGCGAGCAAUAAAUUCUGCUUACAUUGAGGCACACAGUGCUUAUCAUGGUAUUGGUGUUGUUAAGUUAAUGGGUCGUAGUAGUGGAUUUAUAGCCAUGCAUGCCUCCCUUGCUAGUGGACAAGUUGAUAUAUGUUUGAUUCCUGAGGUGCCUUUCAACUUACAUGGGCCACAUGGUGUCCUGAGGCAUUUGAAGUAUCUUCUUGAGACAAAGGGAUCAGCUGUAGUCUGUGUAGCAGAGGGUGCUGGGCAGGAAUUCCUACCAAAAACUAAUGCCAAAGAUGCAUCUGGAAAUAUUGUAUUUGGAGAUAUUGGUGUGCAUUUACAGCAGGAGGUAACCCGGUUACUUGCUGAACGUAAAAUCAACUGGAUUAAUGUGAGAUGGGAACUAGUUCAGACAAAAAAAUAUUUUAGAGAGAUUGGUAUUCCAGCUGAUGUGAAGUAUAUUGAUCCCACAUACAUGAUCCGAGCCGUCCGAGCAAAUGCGUCAGAUGGAAUUCUUUGUACAGUCCUGGGUCAAAAUGCAGGGGCGUUCGGUUGGAGGGAUAGGAUAUAG